GCAGGCGGUUCGCUGCGGUGUGAUAUCUCUAGAUCGGUUCGUUUCAAUGCAACACAGUCGGUGAUAAUUUUCGCGUUUUGUUUAUAAAAAAAUCGAAUGCAUUGUUUAAAAGUUCGAGGGCAACGAAGUAGCGCGCUGUGUCUGUGAAAUGCACGAUGGCAGUGUUAGUUCCGCACAUAAACGGACACAUUCAAAACCAUUUGACCAGAUCGCUGGAGAGAAUAUUGGAAGAGGCAAACCAAAGUGGCGAGCUAAAAUUGAGCAACAGGAAACUUAAGGACUUUCCCAAGGCGAAGGAUAAAUAUAAUUUGAGCGAUACAGUUAUUGCAGAUCUCUCCAAGAACCGGUUCAGCGAACUGCCCGAAGAAGUGACUGAUUUUCAUUUUCUGGAAAGGCUCCAGUGCUACCACAACGCUAUACGCUUCAUACCCGAUUCUAUAAGUAGUUUACAAUGUUUGAGUUAUUUGGAUUUGAGUCGGAAUCAGCUCGCCGCAUUGCCAAGAGAAUUAUGUCAGCUUCCUAUACAGAUUUUGUUAGUUUCCAAUAACCGUUUGUCUUCCCUGCCGGACGAUCUCUGCAAAAUGUCCAAUUUGACGGAAUUGGACGCCUCCUGCAACCAAAUUAGCCAUUUUCCACCGAGGAUGGGCGAACUGAAAUCGUUGCAGUCGCUGGUGUUGAGAAACAACCUACUUUUGGCCGUACCUAUAGAGAUUACGAAUUUAAGACUGAUGAGGCUGGACCUUAGAGCGAACAGGAUCGGCACUUUGCCCAUAGAAAUGAGAGAAAUGGAGACGUUAAUCGAUUUGUACGUGGACGAGAAUCCUUUGACCAGUCCACCGGCAAGUUUUACUAAAAUGUAAAAAAGGUAUCACAUAUUCAAAUACCUGGAGACUGAAGCGAUGAAAAUAAUUAGUAAAACGGGAGGCGGUACGGGAACGCUGGGUAGGAGAUCCAGAAAGGGCGGUGCGGGAUCACCAGGACCUCCCCACCUGGCAAAUAGACUGAAACAGAAAAGGCACAACGUCGACAGCGGAUACAGUACCAGUAGUGAUGUAGGGUACGACAAGCGGUGGUCUCAGGAAAUGACAGGAGACGAGAAACCAUGGCCUUCAACUCCCAUAUUAGGUAGGACAAUUGACCAAUUAGCUACUAGAUCGGCAACUUCAACGCCUUCGACCAUAUCACCAGCGCCACCUGAGAUACCUGACGAAGACUACGUUAAAUCGAGCAACGGCGAUUAUGACAGAUUUGACGGCCAAAAGAAUAUCAAAGAUUAUUCCAGUGUUCGCCUUAGUCCGUGUGCCGAUAAUUAUUCAAAUGGAAACGGAAUUGAAGACAAAACGAAACCUCUGCAACAGAUUCAGACAUACAGAGAAUACAAAGAAGCGUUAAAACAGCAACGCGCGCAAGACGUGCCUUCGAUAUACCGUACAAAAGACUCCGACGACCAAAGCUACAAAACCGAACCAAACACGCCCACCCACCAACCGGCUCUCUCGCAUCAGACCAUGGCCACGUCCAAGUCGGACCCCACGCCCUUGAACUCGGCCUUCAGCAGCCCCAAGCACAUAUUCGACGACACGUCGACCACGAAGAAGCCGGUGCAGAAGGUUACACCAUCGAGGAACACGAGUUUUUCUCCAACGCACCUUUAUAUGAACGGGAACAACGGUGUGGAAGGGAAACCAAGACUGAUUCAGGACUACGUCAAGCCAAAGUCGCCUACUAAAGGAUCGACGGGGAUACUGUCGCAUGACAAUGUGCCUGUUAGUAAUCUAACUCCUAUAGUCAAUGGUAAGGGUAACAAUAUUAGUGCCAGACUAUCACCAAGUGGAUACGUAAAUGGUAGUAAUACAACUCCUAAAACAUCGAAUGGUAUAAAAACAACGCGGACCAUUACCUGGACCAAAGACACCAUACUUAACGAAAAAAUGUCGUUCACGAUGAGAAGAGAGAUAGACAAGGCGAGAGAAGAAACUGAUCUCAUCAACCAACUAAGAAACAUUAUCGAAACCAGACUGAAGAUGGCGCUUCCAGAGGACCUAGCUUCAGCGUUGACAGAUGGCGUCGUGUUAUGUCAUUUGGCCAAUCAUAUUAAGCCUAGAUCGGUGGCGAGCAUACACGUUCCUUCCCCAGCAGUUCCUAAAUUAACAAUGGCCAGGUGUCGAAGGAAUGUAGAUAAUUUUAUCGAAGCUUGUCGCAAGAUUGGUGUAGAUGAGGCGUUCCUGUGCACCACCCUUGACGUCACCGAGGGCCUAAACGGCAGAGGACUGUCUCGUUUGGUCGACACAGUCGAAGAUCUGUGUAGAAUAGAAGAACAACAACGAUUGGCUAAGAAAUAUACUGCAGAAGAAUCGAAGCUCGAUAAAAUUAACGUUAGCAAAGUGAGGGGGCCUCCUACGAUGUGGGAUACCGCAGUCUCACUUGUGCUUCUGUCAGUGUUUCUCGGCACUGUGGUGCUACUGAUUCUGUUCCCACCGCCUAAUUAAAAACAAACAGUAUUUUCUCUAAGGAAUUGGUUAUUUUAUAAAGGAAAUUUUGAUUUACGCACUCAAUAUAGUUAAAAUUCAAGUCAUGAAGUUGAAUUUUGUAUUCAGCUUUACUUUCUU